AUGGCUACUUUACAUUCUCCACGAGCAAAAGAUGCUAAUAAAAAUCGAAGUGCUCGACGAUCACUUGUUUCUGAUGCAUUUCUUUUGUCAACAGGGGAAUCAACUGGACAUAAGAUAAGUCCAAUUAACAUUACAGAUGAAAUUUAUGAAAGUGUUAUUUUUAUUUGGUUCGAUCCACAUGAAAAUUUGAAUACACAUCUUAUGGGACCACUUCGAGCAAUUAAUUUUAAUGUUCAAACUUUUACGGAUCCAUUAGCCUGUUUUGAUACUAUAAAAUCUUCACAACAAAAAAUCUUUUUCAUAUCUUCAUUAUGUAAUAAUGAAUUGAUUGCUACUGUACAUGAUUUUAAUGCUGUCGAAGCAAUCUUUAUACUUGAUCCGAAUAAUGAAAAUAUUAAAGGUGAUUUUCCAAAACUUUUUGGUAUAUUUAAUCAACAAGAAGAAUUACUUCGAAUGCUUAAAGAAGUAUUUAAUACUUUUGAAGAAAUACAACUUGAAGAAUUUGCAUUUGAACAAGAUAAAGUAUUUCUUUGGUCACAAUUAUGGAAAGAAGAUUUGAUAAAUCGAAAAGGAUCAUCAAAUAGAAAUGAUCUUAUUGAAAUAGCUCGACGCUAUUAUCGAGACAAUACUCGAAUAAUUGAAAUUAUUGAAGAAUUCGAAAAAUCAUAUCGACAUGCUGAUGUCAUUAGUUGGUGUUUUCGUUCUCCAUUUCCUACACGUUUUCUUCUUCAUGCACUUCGUUCUCACAAUAAAGCACAACUUAGUGUCUGUCGAUUUCUAUUUGCUGAUGCAUCACGCUUCUUUCAACAACAUUCUAAACAUAAAUCAAGCGAUCAAGUUUAUCGUGGUAUGAAAUUAUCAAGUGAACUUCUUGAUAAAUUUGAAACUCAUGUUGGUCAACUUAUUUGUACAAGUGGAUUUUUUCCUUGUACUAAAUCAAGAACAAAUGCAUUGACACUUGCUUCAUUACCGACAUAUCGUCCUGAUCUUUUAUCUGUUUUAUUUAAAAUUGAUUGUGAUGCAUCAUCUUUAUUUACUGAAUUAUCAAAUAAACAUUCAACAUCAUUGAUUGCAUUUGAUGCUUGUAUGGCAUUUCGUAUUGUCUAUGUUAAUCGUGGUCAAAUGUCAACUGUAAAAUUGAAAACAGCUGGUGAUGCUGGCAAAAAAAUAGCUUUAGAAUAUUUAGAAAAGCAUCCGAAUGAAACAAUACAAUCAUUACGUGAUGAACUUUUGAAACCUCCCAAACCACCGACACCACCUCCUCGAAUACCAACGCCACCUCCUCCAAAACAACUUACUCCUCCUCCACCACGAACACCAACACCACCUCCAAAACCAAAGUCAGCAUUAGUUCACAUAAAAAACUCAAUAGACCCAGUGAUAAGUGUUGAAGAAAUAAAAGCACAGAAAUAUGCAGAACAAGGAGACAUUGAUAUGGCUUUAAUAACUUAUCAACGUAUUCAACCUGUUACAGUUCGUAUACUCAAUGCCAUGGGUCAAUUAUCUGCCGAUAGAAAGGGCGAUUAUGAUUAUGCCUUGCAAUGUCAUCAACAGGCUCUUAAACUUCAAGAAGCGUCUGGUGAAAAUAUUUCUGAUACUCUCACUUAUCUUGGAAAUGUUUAUCAAAGUCGUGGUGAAUUCGAUUUAGCUUUAGAUCAUCAUACACGUGCACUCGCAUUACAUCAAGUUAAUCCAACAACUGAAUCAGUGGCAAUCGCCUCUAAUCUUAUUGGAAUUGCUAAAGCUCGUUGGGGUCGUCAUGAAUAUUCUGAAGCAAUUGCUAAUGGUGAACGAGCAUUAGCUUUGCAAGAAACUCUUAUACCUCCAAAUGAAACAAGUAUAGCUACUACUCUAGCUUUACUAGGUAACAUUUAUCAAGAUUCUGGUGAUAGUACUCAUGCUAUUGAUUUAUGUACAAAAGCACUUCCCCUUUUCGAACGUACCGUACCCAAUGAUUCACUCAUAUUAGCUGAACUACUCUAUAAGCUAGGCAUAAUGCAGUCAAGUUCAGGAGCGUUAGAUGAUGCACAACGAUGUUUAGAACAAUCAUACAAAAUUUAUCGAAAACUUCUACCUAGAGGACAUCAAGACCGUAUGUCGACAGAAAAUGAACUUCGACGUGUUAUUCAAUUACGUCAAAAGAACAAACAAAAGUCACAAACAAAUUCAUGA